ACCUUGCUGGCAGUGAUGAAGAACUGGAGUCGAAGCUUGUCCUCGCUUGAACUGUGUAUUAAGCAAGUCCGUCCUUGUGAGCGAUACAAAGAGGAAUACAGCGACUGCACGAGUAUAAAGGCAAAAUUUCAUCAGUAUUUCAUCCACGGUGAAACUAAAGAUUGCUCACAGUGGAAGACAGAUUACAAUCACUGCUUAAACUAUAGAAAUAAGAAAGAUAUUGAGUCUUUGACCUCGGUAAUAGAAACGGAGAAAGAACGACGUGAAAAGCGGUUAAUAGGCCACUAUACCAACACUACGUGGGAAAAGCGAGAGUCUCCACCAGAUGACUGGAACAAACCAUUGCCUGAGUAUCUUCAGAAGAAUGAUGCUGUGUCAUUUCUGGCAGUGAAGGCCAAACAGCUGAAGGAAGGUAAAGUUGAAGAGCCAGCAUCUUUAUGCACAAUAUCCUGAAAUAUCAUCUAUUAGAAAUACAGUAUCCAGUAUGUAAGAAAAUGUACAGUUUGUAUAUAAAAAAAGAAUUAUAAACUCAUUCAGCACUUUUUCGAUGAAUUUCACUGUAAAAUGCUUUUUGUAUAACAGAAAAAGCUAAAAUUUUGUUUUGGAGUAAAUAAUCAAAAUGGAAAAAAAAUUAUUCAGUUUAAUAAAGGCAGAUGUAUCAAACAAAAUUAAAUCUCCAGUAACUAAAACCCUGCUACUGAGGUGAGGGCAAGGUGUACUGAUGCUCCCUCAAGGUGCGUUACUACUCCCCACUGCUCUGCUAUGCCACAAACUAGUUCUUGUACAUUAAUACUACGAACCAGUUGUACCUAUGUCGGAUUAAAAUAAUUGAUCUCAUGGGACCUUGUUCGUAACUCGGGGACCCCCUGUAAUGAAUUGUUCAGAUA